AUGAAUGCAAAUAUAACUUAAAAAGAAAUAGCUCCAGGAAUAAUAUUAUUAAAACAUAUUCAAAUGGGUUCAGAAAUGAUUUACAUCUUUAAGGUUUAAUUGAAUAGAUUAAGUUGUAUGGAAUUCAUAGCUGAUUUUACAGGAAGUGAGAACAUUUUGGUGGAUGGUUAAAAUAAAAUGAAGACAAUUACUAUGAUUAAUCCAUUUGAAACAAAAUAAGUAGCUUAAUUGACUAUGAAAUAAGACUGGAAAUUGAAAACAAAAUUCAAAUUUAGUUUGAAAACAGCAGAGAAAUCAAUAUAAGGAUAAUAUUUGAAAGAGGAUUAAAUGCAAUUGAGAUUAGAAAUUUAAGAUCAGAUGAAAUAACUAUAUCAUUAUCCAUAUCAAUUGAAAGAGAUUCCCGAAAUUCUUAGAUAUUUAAAAUCUCCAUUUGUUGAUCUUGAAUAUUUACCAGUGGAUGUAUUUAAAAGAAAGUAUAUAGUCAAGUAUAUUUGGAGAUGAUGAAACAGAAUUAGAUACUCUAAUAUAAUGGAGAAGACCAAGUGCAUUUUUUUAAUUGAAAGAUGCAAAUAAGAGACCGGAAAUAUUUUUUGAUAAAAUAGAGCCAAAUGAUAUAAAACAAGGAGCAUUAGGAAAUUGUUGGUUUUUAUCAGCAUUAUCAUCUUUGGCAGAGAGACCAGCUUUAGUAAAAAGAUUAUUUGUAACAAUGACAACAAAUUCAAUGGGAAUAUAUAGAAUAAAGAUAUGUAAGAAUGGUGAAUGGGUAUAUGUAACAAUAGAUGAUUUAUUUCCAUGUUAUCCUUUAGGUGCUCCAAUAUUUUCAGCAGCACAUGGAAAUGAAUUAUGGGUUUUAUUAUUAGAGAAAGCAUAUGCAAAAUUACAUGGAAGUUAUUUUGCCCUUAGAGAAGGACUAUCUGGAGAAGCUAUGGUAGAUUUAACAGGUUGUCCAACAGUUAUUUAUGGAUAUAAUGAAUUAUAAUAGAUGUGGUAGCAAUUAUUAUAAUUUGAUUAAGAAGGUUAUUUAAUUAAUGCAUUUACAGAAGGUAAUGAUACUUUAAGUGAAGGAUAGAGAAAAGAAUCUACAACAGAUAAUAUAGGUUUAAUACCUGGACAUGCAUAUUCAAUAUUAUAAGUUAAAGAAGCUAAGGGAAAUAAAUUAUUAAAUAUUCGUAAUCCUUGGGGUAAUUUUGAAUGGAAAGGAGCCUGGAGUGAUACAUCUCCAUUAUGGACAUAAGAAAUUUAAAAUAUGGUUAAUUUUGUUAAUGAUAGCAAUGAUGGGUAAUUUUGGAUGUGUUGGAAAGAUUUCUUAACUUACUUUAAAGGAGUAAAUAUUUGUAAAGUAAGAAAUUGGGAGGAAGUUAGAAUUAAAGGUAAAUUUAUUAAAGUAACUGAUAUCAAUGAUAAUAAUAUAGAUGUUGUACUUAGCAAAUGGUAUUAUUCAUUUAUUAUUACAAAAUCUACUAAAGUUAUUUUAGGAAUACAUUAAGAAGAUGAAAGAAUUAGAGGAGUUAAAUUAUUAAGACCUUAUUUAGAUAUUGGUUUAACUCUAUUUAAAUAAUCUGAUAAAGGAUUAGAAUUACUAGCACAAACUAUUACUAAAUAAGAUAGACAAGUUUAACUUGAAUAUGAUUUGAAUCCUGGCGUUUAUAUUGUAGUACCCAGAACAAGUGGUUUAUAUUUACAUGGAGAUAAUAAUAAAUAAUUUGAUCUACUAAAUAAUGAUGGCUCUGUUCAUCCUUUACUCUAUUCAACAUUAAAUGAUAUCUUUAGAAAAUUUGAUAUGUUAUUAUUAAGAGAAUUAAGUUAUAUUGAAUUCAAAGGUAUUUAUGACUCUCUAGAUAAAUAACUUGAUCCAGAAUAUUUUAAAUAGAUGUUAUCUAAAUACACUUCUACAGAUAAAGGUAUUACAUUCACAGGAUUUGUUGAAUUUUUUGUUGAUUAAAUUAAUUUGCUUGGUAAAGAUACUAUAUACAGAUGGCUUGAAAAAUUAGGUUAUGAUAAAUAUCUUAAUUCCACUAAAAGUAGAAGUUUUAUAUUUACUGCACAUUCCUCUAUUGAAAUAUCAGUUACUGUCAGAGAUGCUGUUAGUACUGAUUUAAAUAAUAGAGUUCAUGUAUUUUCUACUACUUUUCCUGAUCAAUUUCAUUAAAUUGAAAAUAUUAAAACAGAAAGAGAAGGUAUCAGAGUCAUCUAAUGUUAUAAUCGUUAUUCUGAUAUUUUCUCCAUUAUUGCUAUCAAUGAUUAAACUUAUCCUAUUGAUUGUUUUAUUGAUCUUACUCAAUCUAAAGGCUUAAUUGUCUCAACCAAAAGUUCUAAAGUUUUAAAAACAUUAGAUUCUGGAUAAAUGGAAACUAUGAUCCAUUUUAGAUCCAAUAGAAUUCAAAAAUUAAAAUUAGCCAUCUAGGUUAAAUGGCAACCUGUUUAAUGA